AUCUGGUAAGCCCAGUAGAGAUGAAAUACCUAUUAAAAGCUUUGAUAUUGUCAGGGUUUGAGCGUUCCGUGAAUACAUAAUUUUGAGUCAGAAGAUGUUGAAAAUUUGAAUGAAUGUAUCGAACAAAAACAUACAGCUUCUGGUAAUCAAUCAUCUGAGGUAGAAUCGGAAUCAUGGCCAAUUCCAAUUGGUAAUAUUCAAUGGUCAAAAACUAAAAGAAAUAAGGAUCAACUAUUAAUGUGUGGAUAGACGUAUUAUUUUAUGUCACAAUCGGAGAAAAAUGACACAAUUAGCUUUCAUUGUUCUUAUAAGAGGAAAGGUUGCAAUUCCAUUGUACGUGCACAUUUGCAUUCAAAAUCAUUUCUUGAGUCAAAUAAUGUGAAUCAUAAUCAUCCUCCUGAUGAAAUUGCGAAUAAACGCAAAUUGUUGUUAGAUAAAAUUAAAGAACGUAUCGUGACAGAACCAACAAGUGUCAUAGCCAUUAUAGAACAAGAAUAUGCUAAAGCAAAUUUGAGCAAAGAUGAACAAUAUCAAUUUUUGUUGCCAUCUGCACAAGUUAGUUUAGCGUCGACAAUGCAUAAAUUACGUGUAAGGCAAGUUCCACCGAAUCCAGAUGAUCAGUUAUUCGACGUACCAGCACUCUUUAAACUGACACAUUCUGGAGAAGAUUUUAUUCUGUAUGAUACAACAAAAGCUGAUUUAGGUGAACGAUUAAUGAUAUUUUCAACAUCAGAAUUUCUAAAAAUGUUAUGUGAAUGCGAUGUCAUUUAUUUGAACGGAACGUUCAAAACACGGCCACUACUCUUUAAACAAUUUUAUGUGAUAAAGGGAAAACAUCGUGGUGAAGGUUAG